CAAAAACUAGAGUCAGCAUCUCUCAACCAAUCCCUUUACCUUAGCGCACACAGCUGGAGAGAGACCUCGCUUCUAGAACACCUCUAGCACAACAACUCAGCGAUUAAAGGUUGGAGCUGGGACAUCAUGCCAGGACUAUGACAUUAAAACAGACCAUGCCGAAGAAGUGUGCUGACCGCUCCCUGAACUGCAUUAUUUGUCCAACUAAUGCUACUGGACCUGUUCCCAUAAGCCUAACCAUGCACCUGACAUAGACCCAGUAAUCUGAAGUAGGAACCAAGCACCACUCUGGCAGCAGUCAACAAUGCAUUUGCCACAAAGACGGAGACUCAAUCGGAGUCGCAUCCUCUUCUUCCUCUCUGGUGUAUUGCUGUGCUGUGUCUACGCCGUGACGUUCAAGGCCCGGCUGCAGGAGCCAUGGGUGGCUCGCCAGGCCGCAGCAGAGGAGGACCCUGGGACAGCACUCCCAGAGGAAGGGGGCGGUAGUGGUAGUAGUAGUGUCCCGGAGGUAGACACACGAGAGGUGGUGACCUCUAACCCCUCGACCCUAACAGAGGGCUAUAAUGACGACGUCAUCACCAGGGCUCCUAUAGUGAUCGAGGGGGAUGACGUCAUAGUGAUAACUGUCAACAGGACGGACAUUAAACACUGUAUCUACGUAGAGGACCCUGAACCUGAGCCACCUACUAAACCUUCUCCCACCUCCCCUCCUCCUAACACCACCACCCCCCCGGGUAUCCCUGGAGACGUCCCCCACAGGAAGGGAGAGUACCCAGAGGACCUGUUCACGGUGGACCAGAGGAGGCAGGGCUGGGUGACCCUCCACAUCCUGGGCAUGGUCUACAUGUUCGUCUCCCUCGCCAUCGUCUGUGACGAGUUCUUCGUCCCGGCGCUCGGAGUCAUCACCGUGAAGCUCGACAUCUCCGACGAUGUCGCCGGGGCAACCUUCAUGGCUGCAGGAGGCUCCGCCCCCGAACUGUUCACCUCUCUGAUUGGCGUGUUCAUUUCCCAUAGCAACGUGGGCAUCGGGACGAUCGUAGGGUCGGCGGUGUUUAACAUCCUGUUUGUCAUCGGGAUGUGUGCCAUCUUCUCCAGGGAGAUGCUCCACCUCACCUGGUGGCCCUUGUUCAGAGACGUCUCCUUCUAUAUCAUAGACCUGAUCAUGCUGAUCGUUUUCUUCCUGGACAACACUAUCAUGUGGUGGGAGAGCGUGAUGCUGGUGUCGGGUUACGUGGCCUAUGUCUGCUUCAUGAAGUUCAACGUGCAGAUCGAACACUUUGUCAAGACGCAGAUCAACAAACACAAGAGCAUCGUCAAGAUCAUCAUGCCGGAGGAGGAGGAGGAGAAGGAACCCAAGAAG